AUGAAUAUUUACGCACCUGCCACUCAUUCCGAUCGAUAUGCCUUCUAUGAUCAACUACUUCAGCAGCCUCUCUUUCAAGCCCUUCUCAACAACAUGCACACCGCUGAUGGGAUGCAUAACAACUACCUGGCCACCGUCCCUGAUGCUCCCUCUAUUGUGUUAGGUGAUUUCAACUACAAUUUUCGACAAUAUCGCCCACCACCUACCGUGGCAUCCACUAACAUUUAUCCACAAUGGCUUUCCCACUCGGUGCUUACUCAUUAUUAUCAGGAAAGUACGCAUGAAUUAAGUCAGAACCCUUUGGUGCCCACAUUUCGCCGCAACGCCACACUCUCUACCAUCGAUUACAUGUUUAUGGAUCCUCAACUUUUAGAUUUCAGAACCGAUCACUUCGUUCACUUUGUCCAUUCUGAAUGGACCGAUCAUGCUCUACUUUCUACACAACUGACAUUUGCGAACCCGGAUUUUGCCUCCGAAUCCGCUGGCAUCAGGCCGCAUGAAGUUUGGGAUCAGCUUGAAGCAUUUACCUAUCAAGUCGCAAGAACUUGUAGUGGUCGAAAGGCCGAAUGGCGUCGUCGUCUGCUCUAUCGCCUCCAAAGCAAACGCAACAAGUACCUUCGCCUCUACAAGACGACGCAGAUACGCAACGAUCGCCCCCCACAAAUCGAAGCCAUGAUCGGCCACCUUCAGCAGGAGCUAACCGAUAUCCAAGCAUUACGGUCCGGCAUAAAAUGGCGAGAACAAGGUGAGAAAUCCGCCGGUUUCCUCAAGCGGUUGGCCACUCAACGCACUCAACAACGGGACAUCCCCACCUUGAUAUAUCCCAUCUCGACCACCGUCUGCGAGACGACAACUGACAAGCAGGCAGCCGCAGCCGCAUAUUACGACCGCUUAUAUACUGCUGAUGCGGUGGACAUUGACGCGAUCCGGUAUUUCGCUGACCAAAUUCCAGAUUCUGAACACCCGGCAUUAUGUGAGCCUUUUACCUUGGAUGAUUUAGCCGACGCCGCUACACGGGCCCCUAAACAAUCCAGUCAUGGCAUUGACACUACGGCCCAACUGAUGUUCUCACAGAACAUGGAUGUGCUCUUUUGGGAACAUAGAUGUUCUCAUGAGCACAUUGAUGUUCUCAUUUGA